UGUACAUCCAUAGAAAGCCAAACACUAACCAUGUCAGGUUACAACAACUACGAGACGUCGUAUACGUCGUACGGCGCCGGCGGUGGUGCUGGCGCCGGCGGCUUCAUCCCUGGUGAUGGCAGCCAGCAGAGUCCCGGCGGGCGAGACAAGCAACAACAAGACUCACUCCGUCCUGUUACGAUCAAGCAGAUUCUAGAUGCUCAGCCAGAUGCUGGGAACGAUACCUUCAAAAUCGAUGGACACACUGUUUCUCAGCUUACCUUCGUUGGCCAAAUCCGCAACAUAUCGACACAAACCACAAACACUACGUACAGACUCGACGAUGGCACCGGUAGUAUCGAGGUCAAGCAAUGGGUCGACUCGGACACUGUUGAUCAGAACAACCCUGUUAAAGCCAAGCUCGUUGAAGGCGCAUACUGUAGAGCGUGGGGAAAGCUGAAGAGCUUCAACGAUAGGAGAUCGGUCGGUGCGCAGAUCAUUCGCCCCGUGGAAGAUAUGAACGAGGUGUCGUACCAUUUACUCGAAGCCACGUCUAUCCAUCUGUACUUCACGCGAGGGCCACCUGGAGGAGGCAACGCUGGCGCUGGCGCCGCCAAUACCAAUGGCGGAGCAGGACAACAAGGCGGUGGUGCUUACGGGGGUCACGACCUGGCUGGCUACAACUCUCACGCGAAGAAGGUGUUCGCAUAUCUACGAGAAACACCUCAAGGGAAUGAGGGUCUGCACCAACAAGAUAUUGCAGCAGCCCUUGGUCUCGAAUCCGCCGAUGUGUUGAGGGCUGGAGACGAUCUUCUGGCAGGCGGUCUUAUCUACACGACUGUUGACGACCAUACAUGGGCAGUGCUCGAAGCUGAUUGAGAGGCCUCAAGGAGCAUGUGUGUCUUGAAGUGACAAGCAGGACUUGUUGACAGCGUCGAGCUCGCAUAGCGACGAAGCAAACGGCGAUGAUAUUAGUUGUGCAGCAUGAGCAGAAGCUCUGGGUGUCUAUGAAGUCUACGAAUGUGAAGGGGGCCUUUACCGAUUUUGCGCUUUCGUAGAUAAUAACAGCACGCAAGUGGCUACAAUUGCUGCUGCGACUACGGUGAAUACUGUCUGUGUCUUCCAGCCUGUUUGCACAAGGGCCUGACGGUGACUGUAGCCUGAAACUGUAGCGAUGUAGUUGGCCAC